AUGGAGAGAGACAAAGGGGAGAAGUCGAGCCCCGCUGGCGAAUACGACACCGACCUGUCUGGCGAGUUAAGCGAGAGGGGGAGGUAUGAGAGGGACAUCUACGAACUGGGCAUCCAGAAGUACAACCGUCUAGGAUGGAAGCGCCUGACGAUAGUGCUCAUCGUCGAGGCGAUCGCACUGGGGAGUUUGUCCAUCCCGUCCGCCUUUGCCUCGCUGGGCAUGAUCGCCGGUGUUAUCUGCUCUGUGAGCAUUGGUCUGAUUGCCGUUUAUACCAGCUACAUCGUCGGCCAGGUCAAAGUCGCCUUUCCACAGGUCGCCCAUUACCCUGAUGCGGGCAGGUUGAUGUUCGGCCGCUUUGGCUAUGAGCUGAUCAACGUUAUGCUUAUCCUACAACUGCUGUUUCUCGUUGGCUCACACUGUCUCACGGGCACUAUCGCCUUCCAAAAUAUCACUGGCAGCGGCAUCUGCUCCGUCGUCUUCGCCGUCGUUUCCGCCAUCCUCCUUAUGCUCCUUGCGAUCCCGCCGAGUUUUGCUGAGGUUGCGAUCCUUGGCUACGUUGACUUCGGCUCUAUUAUCCUCGCCAUUGGUAUCACCAUCAUUGCCACUGGUGUUGAGAGUGCCAACGCACCUGGUGGGCUGUCCGGUGUCAACUGGUCAGCAUGGCCAAAGGAGGGCGUCACAUUUACUGAUGCGUUCAUCGCCAUCACGAACAUUUGCUUUGCCUACAGCUUUGCCAUGUGCCAGUUUACCUUCAUGGACGAAAUGCACACCCCGAAAGAUUUUAUGAAGUCGAUCUGGACGUUGGGGAUAGUAGAGAUCUUUAUCUACACUGUGACAGGCGGAUUGGUUUAUGCUUUUGUCGGCCAGGACGUCAAGAGCCCUGCUCUGCUCUCUGCGGGGACAUUAAUCAGCCGGAUCGCCUUUGGUGUUGCCCUGCCGGUAAUUUUCAUCAGUGGUUCUAUUAACACCACUGUCCUCGGGCGUCUGGUCCAUGGCCGCAUCUUCAAGAACUCCGCCACUCGCUUCGUCAACACUCCGAGGGGGUGGAUCACCUGGAUCGCCUUUAUCACUUUCGCUACUAUUAUUGCGUUUGUGAUUGCUGAAGUCAUACCCUUUUUUUCUGAUUUGCUCUCUAUUUCGUCGUCCCUCUUUAUCUCCGGCUUCACCUUUUACUUCCCAGCUCUGAUGUGGUUCAUGCUUCUCCGGGACGGCAGGUGGAACUCCCCAAAAAACUUGGCUUUGGGCAUCCUCAACCUGUGUAUUUUCAUUAUUGGCCUAGUCAUCCUGGGGGCGGGCAUCUAUGCUAGUGUCGAUGACAUCGCCAACAGCUACCGGAACGGCAAGGUUCGGGGUGUUUUUUCCUGUGCUACGCCAGAAUAG